CUGUGCCAGUGUGGUUUAACGCGAAGUACGCUUAUCCCACAGUUAAAUUCGUACUCUAAUAAGAUGACUGUGACUACUUAGAAAAAAAUGAAAUUAAUAAGAGUGAAUUCGCGUCAUCGACAAGCAGUUAAUGUCGUUGCAAGGAACCAGAAAGAUUCGAAGAAGGACAACUUAACCAUUUACUGUUUCCGCCUCCUUUACGUCAACAAGGAUAUUAUACGAAAUGCGACAAUAGCUCUAGCGAUUUGCCUGGCAUGUCUCAUUAUAACGCUGAUUUUAACGCAAAACUUAAAACACGUAAUAGAUGAUCACGACUAUAACUACACGGAACACAACUACGGAACGCAACUAGGCAAGCACAAAGUUUACUACAGAUCAGCCUGGGGUGGGAAAACGCCCAAAAUUAAUACCAAACCUCUACAACACCCUGUCCAUAUAAUUAUAAUUUCUCACACCUCUACAUACAACUGCAACACCACCGAAAAAUGUUGUAUGUUAAUCAGAGAGGUUCAAAUGAAACACUUUGCGAUGCCAUUUCGUAGCGUUGACAUAGGAUACAACUUUAUGAUUGGAGGAGAUGGGAAUAUCUAUGUUGGAAGAGGAUGGGACAUUCAGAACUUCCACAGGAAAAUCAGUAUAGGCAUUAACUUUAUUGGAGAUUUUAAUUAUGACGAUUUUACGGAGGAUAUGAGACAGGCAGCAAAGGAACUUAUCAAACAGGGACUAGAACUGAAGAAACUUUCUGAAGAUUACAUUAUAGUCGGAGAGAAUCAGACAAAUUCUAGAAUGUAUGUUAGUCCAGGAGCAAAUGUUUACAAAGUGAUAAAACAUUGGCCGCAUUUUUACAACAGAACAUUAUUUUAAAACUGAUUAGAAUUCUCAAAAAUCUUGAAUAUUUACAUACCUAGGGAAAUUUACUACAUACACUCGUAGUAUAUUUAAUUUGUUUUUGUCUUUGUAAAAAUUGUUAAUAAACGUGUGUAUAUUUUUGUUAAUUUUUGUAACAUUCUCAAAUGUCUCGAAUGUUUACGUGCCUAGGGAAAUUUAUAAGUACAUGUACUCGUAAUAUAUUUAAUGUGUUUUUAUCUUUGUAAAAUUGUUAAUAAACUUAUAUAUAUUUUUGUUAA